AUGGUUACACACACACGUCAGUCAGUCUUCACUGGCGUAAAAGCGUAGCAUCACCGCCUCCUCGUAUUUCUUCUCCUUUGCCCCCGCUCUCUAUAAAUAUAUAUAUAUAUAUAUACACGCACAUUACACACAAACGCACACACAUAUAUAUAUAUACCAUCAAAACCCUCACAAUCGACACCUCAAUCCAAUCGAUUUCUUCUCCCAGGUUAUGGGAUUGAAAUUUGAAGGAAUUUGAGAGCGGAGAAGACUGAAGAGAUGCCUCUUUAUAAAAGAAAGCCAUUUGAUUUGGUUGGAAAGCCUGAGGAUUUAAAGCCUCAAGAGCUUGUCUUUCAAAUUCGAUUCACAAAAGAAAUUUUCAGAAGUUACAAUGAAUAUUUGAAGAGAAUCAACUUCUAUCGCAAAAGAGUAUGGACAUGCAAAGCUACGGGGAAGGGCAAUUUGACCUAUGAAGAGGCCUUGGAUUCGGAAGAAAAAGCUUCAAUAAGAAUACAAAGUAUUCCCAUCGAAUACAUAGCUCCUGUUCUUCGUGAUGUACAAUUCAGCAUGCUGAAUUUAAAGGAUCUGGUCAAUUCAAUCGCUGCGAAACUAGAAGGUCCAUUUUCGGAGGGUGCUGAAUUAUAUGGAAGGAAGGAUGGACGUUUACAUCUGUGCAAAGUUGUAAAAGUCGUUGAGGGUACUCACAAAACACAAUACGAGGUCGAAUGGCUCAGAAGCAGCGAGAAGACAUUAUUAAAUGGCGAUGAGUUGACUGGAAAGAGUCUGCCGUUUAGUAAACGGGUUCUCAAGGCUUUUAUUAAAGACUCAACUUGUCGUAGUCUCCCUUGGGUUUUACAUGAAAAUUUAGCGAAGAAGCAUGGGAUCAAAACUUCUCCUUCCGGGGAACUAAAUUUGAAAUUUUCCAUGCAGAAUGGACUCCUAGUUUGUAGUAGGAAGAGGAAGAAAAGUGAAGAGACGCCAAGUGACAAGGAGAUCAAGGUAUAUCAUCGAAGGAAUCAGUUAUCAUCUCAGCUCCCUUGGUAUUCGAAGAUUGCCAAUGGAGCGAAUGAAAAUCAAGAAGAUCAAUCCAUUAAGUACCCCAUUGAGGACCUGCUAGUGCAACCUUCUGAGGAAGAUCGACUUUUGAUGGAAAGGCCGAAUCCUUGCAGUGAUUUCAAUGUGCCUAUGGUUUGCGUAGGGGAUCUUUUGAUGGUGUGGGAUUUCUGUGCUUCUUUUGGCAGGCUGUUGAACUUAUCCCCUUUCUCCCUUGAAGACUUUGAGAAUUCCCUUUGCUAUAGAGACAGCACUCCGUUGCUCGUUGUGGAAUCCUACUCCGCUCUUCUUCAUUUGCUUGUAAAGGACAACGGGAAGUUCUCGAUUGUAGUAGAAAACAAGAAAAGGAAGCCAAAGAUUACACAGAUUACCUGGACUGAAUAUCUAUGUGAUUUCAUGGAAACUUUUUGUACCGAGGACUUAUUGAUGCACAUAAGUACUAUAAAGCGAGGUCAUUAUGGUAUAUUGGAGAUUAGUGUGAAACUGGCGAUUUUCCGUGAACUGGUUGCUCAAGCUUUGGAGACAGAUAUUGUGAAGGAAAAGUUGGAUGAGUACAUUGAAGAAAGACAGGCACUUGCUGCUGCACGGAGAGAUGAAGCACUGGACGAAGGUAGAAAGAGAAGAGAAGAAAAGGAGCGUCGAAAGUCAGAAGCUAAUGGCAAGGAAGUUAUUCAAGAGAAAAGUAAUGGGAAAGGGAACAAUUCAUCUGGGAACAGUGAUAAUGAACAAGGAGAUUCCAAGAAGAAUUCUAAGAAACGGAAGGUUGAAGCCAACACCUUUUUAGAGGAUGUUAAUCAUGCCUCUAAGAGAGAUAUCCACAAAUUGAUGAAAAAUGAAGUCAAGGAAUCAUUAGAGAUGAAGAGUGUCGAAGAAAGGAAAGAAUUUCUUGAGCAGGAGAUUGAGAAGAGAGUUAUACGCAAUAACCCAUUAGGCAAAGAUAGAAACUAUUGCAGAUAUUUGUUUUUUCGACGCGAUGGACGAAUAUUCGUUGAGAGUUCUAACUCCACGCAGUGGGGAUAUUACCGAACCAAGGAGGAGCUUGAUGCUUUGAUUGGCUCGUUGAACACAAAAGGUGAACGGGAGAGGGCUCUAAAGAAACAGCUGCUGAAAUUUUACAAUAGAAUAUGCCUGGGAAUUGAGAAAAGAUCAGAGAAAAUGCAGGCAACGGUCGAAAUGGAAGAGUCUCUGGUUCGAAGAUCAACUCGUGUUAGGGCCCCACCAAAUGAAAACCGAACGCUUUCAUUCCUCAAGUAUGCCAACAAGUGGAAAGAUGUAUAAUUGUUUGACUAGAGAGCGAGGUACAGAUGAAACUAGCCACCAGGUUAAGUUGGGAAACAGUAAACGGGGUAGAAUCGAAUCAUUGCUAUCCUGUUAGAAAAAGAAAAAAAACCGUAGUGAGUGAGUUAUAUUGAUUGGGAUGCAAUAGAUAGCCAAUACAUAAUUCUUUUAUUGGAACGGAAUUUUAUGAAUCUUGGGCGCGAACGACUUCGUCUUUAGUGGAAUUUUGCUAAUAAGACCCCAUUAGUUGGCCCAACAUGUAGUUGCUAUUCUUUAUGUUUGUGAAUUAUUUUCUCCCGGGUACAUUUUUUCGGUCAUGCUAUUGCCUUUCGUUUCUUUUUUCGUUUUUUUUAAAAUAUUUUUUAUUUCUCUUCUGAGUUUCAAAUUCUAUGGUAUUGAUUUUAGAAGUGUAAUGGCAUUUUUGUUUUCUGUAUAAAGUUCCCAUGCAAAGACAUUUUUUGUGCUGUCCAAGUGUUUUUUUAGUGCACGA